AUGAGUCCUGGACGUUGUCAGUCUCCUCUAUCAGCUACAUCACCAUCUCGCUCAGCCCCAGAUAUCAGUACCCCAGGACAUAUGCGCUUGCCAUUUGCCGACACUCCUGCAGAGAGCUACUUUGAUACCAGAGCCCUCACACUUGGAGAUGUUCAGCAUGACCAUUUAUCCAAGCCUCCUCCUCUCCAAAACGUACCGCCUAUGUUGGAGGCGACUGACGAGCCUACGUUUCUGGACGACCGUGAUCUGCAAGCCGAACUCGAAUCGACGUGGAUUCUCAACUUGAGCAUGCACUUUCGGGACAAGUCUGAUCGUGAGAAAUUUUUUGUUACCUACGCCCAACAACCGAACCGCUGGUGCAGAGUAACCGUGUCUUGUGAUUACCGAGACGCACCGCCAUCAUCCCUCGAAUCAGAUCUCAAAUCUCUCAAGUUCCAACGAGACAAGAACCAGCGUAUAUACGAAGCUAUCAGAGAGUCUUUACUCGACAUAGACUUCUACGAAACUGUUACAAACCUAAAGCUGGAGACAGAAGAUGGACAGUUACAUGUUCAUGUCACCGAGGACAUCAACGAAAUCAUCUCAUAUCCAUCCGUAGACUUUGUCGAUAGGGACUGUCGCAUCUACCGCGAGAGCGAGCUCGACUUCCAAUCACACAUCUCCGGAUUCGUUUACAAAGUCAGAGUCGGCAAUCAGGUCCUGAUUAAGAAAGAGAUACCAGGCCCAGAUACAAUCGAUGAGUUCUUGUACGAGAUUGAGGUGCUCAACGCACUUCGAGGUUCAAAAGGUGUGAUUGACUUUCAUGGCUUGGUGGUCGAUGAUGACGAGAAGAUAAUCAAGGGGCUGCUGAUAUCUUUUGCGUCGCUUGGUGCUCUUGUGGAUGUCAUCUAUGACGACAAGCAGAGCAGUUCGCUACCAUGGCAUCGGCGAGAGAGGUGGGCUCAUCAAAUUGUUCAAGGCCUCGCUGAGAUUCACGAAGCUGGGUUUGUCCAAGGCGACUUCACUCUGUCCAACAUUGUCAUCGACCACGAGGACGAUGCAAAAAUCAUCGACAUCAAUCGUCGUGGCUGCCCUAUUGGAUGGGAGCCACCGGAGCUUCUUCGUCUUGUCCGAAGAGGGCAGAAGAUUAGCAUGUUUAUUAACGUGAAAAGUGACAUAUUUCAGCUAGGUAUGGUUCUUUGGGCACUGGCGGAGCAGGAUGAUGAGCCUGAGCAUGUUACAAGAACCAGUUCUGGGGCAAUGCCUCGUAUCACGGCACAGGAUGUGCCAAACUGGUUUGAGGAUAUCAUCGAUGCGUGCUUAAGCAAUCAACCUCGAAACCGACCGAGCGCAAAAGAGCUGCUGACAAUGUUUCCACUUCAUCCGCGAGAGUACAAGAAGAGGCGCGUCAGCCCAAGAAGUUCCGACCACAGCCUUACUAACCAUCACUCUCACAAGGAAUUCAGCGAUCCAACGACCGCCGUUGACUGGGACGCAGUGGAAGAGUUCAAAAGAGGACAGCGAAAGCCGGCUGACUUUGUUCCUUCGUACCCUACGACGGAUCCGUAUCAGUUUGUCAAUGCAGCGACAUCUACUGAGUACAGAAUCGACAGCACUGGAAGUUAUGUCAUACCUCAUCGAGGCAGAAGCCCGCAUGGCUAUCGUCAAAGGUCUGCAGCGAGCAGCACCACUAGUCUGUCUUUGAGCCAAGGAGUGCCAGUAUGCGAGUACCUCUGUGAUGAAGACAUCUCGGGCUUUGAGUAUGCUCAAGGCUCACGAGACCGCCCUACAAACAUGACACCACAAAGACCUUCCGUGCCUGACGCUCCGCCGUUCCAGCUGGAUGCUUUCAACUCGCACCAAAUAGCCGAUAAUCACCAUCAACAAUACACAAGACGAGUACCGGAGAGCGAUGAAGAUUCUCCACACCCGCAAGGACAGCAGCGUGUCUUGUUUGGACCGCCAGUACAUCAAGACUCAGGCUUUGACGAGUACAUGAUCGAGACGACUGAGCAUGGCCAGCCAUCAGUACGCCCAGCUCGUAACCUGCCUCAUAUACUCACAACCACUGUCGAGGCUCUGAAUGAUGGUGACCAGGAGGUGUCUGCUGCGACACAACAGUCACAGCCGCCCACAAGCCCUGCAACACCACAGUCACAGACACCCCUCACACCUUUCUCAUAUCAUACACCACCUGCUUUUUCAUCUCCAGCAUCAACACAAAAUCUAGACCCGAAGUCCCACAACUCAGCAACACCAGACUCAUAA